ACAGAAUUUCAAACCUAGAUGGUAAGAGAGAGAACUUGGCCCGAACAGAGGGUAGACCACAUCAUGCACAAUCCAGUAUCGCUGCCCAAGCAAGCCCGUCACUGCCCAAGCCUGCCCGAAUCUGUCAUCAUUGUUGCUCGAUCUCAUCCUCACUGUCCAUGGUCAAAAUUCACUGCCCGAACCUCACCUUCAUGGCCCAGAGGUCGCCGGAGUUGCUGGGUGACCACGGUUGUCAGUUCGCCGGAUAAUUACCGGCUAACCGCCGCCACUGGAUGCUGGCUGUUUCUCUGCCGGAGCUGCUGGACUUUGCCGGAACAGAGGUCUCUGGACAAGGGGUUGCCGCUUUUUUGGGAGAUAUUUGACAAAAAGAGGAAAACCAAUACCGGUACAAGGUAAAAUUUCCAUUUUGUUGAUUGGUGGAGGCGUUGAAAUUUCCAUUUUGUUGAAAGUACCGCCAAGCUCCAGCCAAUAAAGAAGACUCGGCAUGAACCCUCUCAUCAAAUAGGACAUGAAAGAGGUUAAUAAAUAGGAAAAUCUCUUACCAAGGUAAAUAUUGUCAAAUUGACUCUCCAGCCAAGUAUAUAUGUAAUAUUUUUCGUUAUUGUGUUGUGUUUAAAUUUUAACGUGGUGGAACUCAUCUACUAAAAAAUAAAUUUUCUACUACGUU